AACACUGCACUGAUAACACAGACGGAAGUGAAUAAUUUUAAAUACGUUUUUUGGUGUUUUUUGGUUGAAAUUGCAGAAUGUCGACUGAAAACCCCGAUACUCUUGAUGAGGUGAAGACAAAUACUGAAAUGAACAAACUCCUACAUCAACUCGAAACUGUUGCAUCUCGUGAUUUAUUUCAAUGUGCUGACAAACUUGUAAACAGCUGUUAUGAGAAAAGACCAAUAGAGGAGGAAGAAGUGAAAACACUGCUCACAGCACUGGUGACUGAAAUGCACAAGCUAAAGCAAGACAAAUUGAGCUGGUUUUCUUUCUGUUGUCCACAACACAAAGUGAAGGUCAAAACAGUAAUAGCAGCAGAAACUUAUGGUGCUCAUGAGAAGAUUCUGAAGUUGGUAAAUGCGCGUGAACAUCUCACUGACUAUGAGUGGGUCCUGCUCUUCUGUCCCGUCAUUUCUCGCAUUCAGACAGACGUGGAGGCGGCCUUGGCAGCUAUUCCAGAGAAAGCAAAGGAGAAGAAGAUAGUUUUGGUGCUGAUGUUUCACACCACAGACGUGGAUUAUUCAACAAAAACUCGACUGAACUUUCAGAAUGUUGCCUUGACUGUUAAAGUCCUUUACCAUAAAAGCACAAAUGGAUAUUUUAAAUGUGACAAAAAUAACCAAGCCAUAGAACAACUGAAAACAUUCUUCAUGUCUGACACGAAUGCCCAAACUAAAAAAAUGCACAGUGUUCCCACAGCGAUGUCUGAAAUCGUGUAAUGUGGGCCCUUUAAAAUAGUAGACUGUAGUAAUAUUGUAGAAAAAAAAAAAAAACAGUUAUAUUUAUCCUUUCCCCAAAAUAAUUUAUGACCAAACUUAUUAAUUUUGUAAAAUUAGCACUGAUAAUCCUAAAUUUUUAAACAAACCAAGAGUCAGAAAAUGUAAAUUGUAUAUACAUUCAUUAUAUUACUAUUUUGGUCACUGGGACUUCAU